UGUAAGACUCAAAUCUUUCAGACGACCACGAAAAUAGGAGGACAAUUAGUGAACAUCAACAACAUAGAGGUUUAUAAGUUUGUGAAAGAAAAUAUGCUGAGACGAUAUGACGUCACUGGUGUGUACGUGGAGGUCAGUGACCUCAGCUGGCUUAAGCAGAGCGCCGAACCUGUGCUAAAGAAAAGAUCGUCUUUAGCCCUAACACGACAAGGGCUGACCUGGCUUUACCCAACAGAUCUGGCAGAGUUUAUUUGUCAAGUCGAAGCUGUCGAUAGAAACGACAAGUCACUAAAUAUGUAUGCUGUUAUUGGUGUCCUAUGUUUCAUAGUGGCAGGACUUUCUACUCUGACGGUCCUGCUCUCUGUAAAACUCAGAGCGAGCAGACGAGGCGGAGAGCUGGCCACAAACUCCGGGAGUCACGUGCUCGCCCAGGAAAUGCACGACACCAACAUCUACAUGAACAUCUCUGGCGUCCGUGCGGUGACAGACGGUCACGUGACGUCAGCUGACGAGACCAAGCCGUCUGCUACAGCAGGUUACGACACUCUACAGAGUGAGCUGCGUAUGGCUGAAGAUGGCGUCUAUUCUCUCACUGUGUUUUAAGCGUCGUUAUAGCGUGGUCCAGUGUUUUAAGCGUCGUUAUAAAGGUCCAGCAGUUUCAGUGGAGGGAAAAAAAUGUCACAGGAAAAAAAAACAACAAAGAAAAAAGUCAGUUUUUGCUAGGAAAAAAAGUCACAGAAAAAAAGUCACAAAGGGAAGUCACAGAAAUAAAGUCAGAAAUAAAUCACAAAAAUCGUGUAAGAAAUAUUUUGAUUUAAUUGUUUUGUGGUUUAAUUAAAGGUUUGUUUUAC